AGGAGAUUUGAAAGGGCCUCGGCGGGAGCGCGGAAGGGGCGAUUCAGUCGUUCGCCGGCGGCCAGGAGGUUGGCUGUGCCACGGACCUCGGCUCUCCUCCCCCUUUCCCUCUAAGGAUGACCCAGAAGGAGAACGCCUACCCGUGGCCCUACGGCCGGCAAACGGCUCAGUGUGGCCUGAACACCCUGCCACAGAGAGUCCUCCAGAAGGACCCUACCACCCCGUCUUCGCUCGUCCUCAUGAGCCGCUCCAAUGCCCAGCCCACAGCUGCCCCUGGCCAGAACAGCAAUGGGACACCCAACUUAAUGCGGUCCUUCACGAUCGAUGACUUUGAGAUCGGGCGUCCUCUGGGCAAAGGCAAGUUUGGAAAUGUGUACUUGGCCCGGGAGAAGAAAAGCCGUUUCAUCGUGGCGCUCAAGGUCCUCUUCAAGUCUCAGAUAGAGAAGGAGGGUGUGGAGCACCAGCUUCGCAGAGAGAUCGAAAUCCAGGCCCACCUACAGCAUCCCAACAUCUUGCGUCUCUACAACUAUUUCUAUGACCGGCGAAGGAUCUACCUGAUUCUGGAGUAUGCCCCCCGCGGGGAGCUCUACAAGGAGCUGCAGAAGAGCCGCACUUUUGACCAGCAGCGAACAGCCACGAUCAUGGAGGAGCUGGCGGACGCGCUGAUGUACUGCCACCAGAAGAAGGUGAUCCACAGAGACAUAAAGCCGGAGAACCUGCUCCUGGGGCUCCAGGGGGAGCUGAAGAUCGCGGACUUUGGUUGGUCUGUACACGCCCCCUCCCUGAGGAGGAAGACCAUGUGUGGCACCCUGGACUACCUGCCUCCAGAGAUGAUUGAGGGGCGCACGCACAAUGAGAAGGUGGAUCUGUGGUGCAUCGGAGUGCUCUGCUACGAGCUGCUGGUGGGAAACCCCCCCUUUGAGAGCGCUUCACACAAUGAAACCUAUCGGCGCAUCGUCAAGGUGGACCUGAAGUUCCCCCCUUCUGUGCCCGUGGGAGCCCAGGACCUCAUCUCCAAGCUGCUCAAACAUAACCCCUCAGACCGUCUGCCUCUGGCCCAGGUCUCAGCCCACCCUUGGGUCCGGGCCCACUCUCGGAGGGUAUUGCCACCCUCGGCCCUUCAGUCCGUCCACUGAAUCGUCCGUCAUUUACUGAGCUGCGUCUGUUUGUAUGUCUGUAUAUAGUAUGUGUAGUUGGAAGGAGGGGGUCUCUGGCUUGUCCCCUUAUCUGUCUCCUGCCUCCUUUUUAUUUAAUAAAGGCUGUAGCUUUUUGUAAUGAUGAGUGCAGGUGUUAUAGGUGGAGACUUUGCUGGGAUGAAGCUGUCCCCUGUGGGAAUAGUUGCCCAGGGAUGCCAAGGAUGGGUACUGGAUUACUGCCCCUGGUAGCACCCUGCCCUCAGCUCUGAUACCGACCUGGUCAGCUCCCAGCCACCUUGUCCCCACUGUCUUUUCUCUCCUCUGCUCUGACUCCCAGGGUCUCGGGGUGCUGGGACCUCGGCUGUACUCUGCUAAGCCUGACCUCUGCCCACCUCUGACUUCUCACUCUCAAUUGUCUGACCUCUAGUCUUUCUCCUGGUUCAGCCCCUGCCAACCUAGGAGCCACUGGACAGUGCUGUCCCUAGCAGUGGUGUUUCCCUGCUCUGGUCAGGAUCUAGUACGAGAGCAAAGAGAAGCAGCACUGAUGGUGUCUCACUCCUGACUAAGGUUUCACUGUUAAGGAUGAUGUUUAUGGUAGGUUUGCCCUCAUUUUACAGUUAAGGCAACUGAGACACAUGAUCUGCCCAAAGUCACACAACUAGCGAGUGGGGUAGCCCAGUUUUAAAACUCCGCAUUUAAUGGAGUAAUGGUGUAAUGCUGCCUUUUCACAGCAAGCACAUUUAUUAUGUAUAUAUGAUGUAUAUAUACGCACACACAUAUUUCACAGAAGUGGAGCAAGAAUUCGUUUUUGCUUUUACUAAACCUUUAUCAGGUUAAGGUGGGACUAUUCUCUUUCUACUUUGCAAAGGGUUUGGUUUUUUUGUAUCAGGUGUUGACUUUCAUCAAAUGUUUUUUCUGUAUUAAUGAUUUGCUCUUCCAAUCAAUGUGGUGAAAUACAUCAAUAAAUGUUCUAAUCUUUAUUUUA